CUCAAAAUAUCGCACGUGGUGAUGUGUGAUUUAUUUUUGUGAGGAUUUUUGUUAGUUUUAAUCGGAAAUAUGAAGUUAUUUUUUCUGUGUUAUAUUGUGCUUUUGAGCUGUGUUGCCAUUUCCAACGGAUACGUAACAGUUACGAAACCCGCACAUUUACCCCCACCGAGCCCGCUGCAGCCGCCAACCACUUCACCAUCACCACAAACAAAUGACGAUCAAAAUGGCAAUUUCACCCUUGUCAUUGAAAUAAUCGCGGCGGUAAAGCAGCAGCACUGGUUGAAAGAUGAACAGGAAUGUCUAGACCAGACCAUGAGGAUGUUGGAGGGAGUUCGCAACUAUACGCUUUGGGCCACAUGGGCCUACGAAUCCAUGAACAUCCAGCCAGUGGGCCAGCUCUUCGGCUCGCGGCACCACCUGGGCAACUUCGACGAGUGUGUGGACAUGCCCUGGGCAGAGCAGCACCCGGGCCUGCAGACGCAGUACUGCCUCGCUGACGUCCAGUUGGAAGUCGGACCAAGGAUGAAGAUUAAUGGGAAGGUCAAUCCUUAUUGGUCGACCAAGGAGUUUAUGACGCAACGCAUCCGCUACUUCCGUCCAGUGGACAGCUUCGUGUGGGGUCUGUGCCUCCCCGCCGCCUGCUCCGCUGCGUCAGCACAGAAGUUCGCUUCCGCCAUCUUGGAAACCAGCCAGUACGCCCUGCGGGGAGUGAGGGUCAACCUGACCAUAGACAACUGUCAGAAGCCGGGUGAAACGGCAGAGUAUUGGAGCGACUGGCCGUUUUUGGGAUUCAUGGCGUUUACUUCCUCUCUGAUGAUGGUGUCCUUGGUGUGUACGUGGCACAGCGUCACUAGGGGCCACGACCCUGACUCUUACAAGUCCUACAUAAUCCGAGCGUUCUGCAUGGUGACAAACUCCAAGAGUCUGACGCGGCGCAGCGAGGACGGGCUGCGGGUGCUGUACGGGGUGCGCUUCCUCAGCAUCAUGCUGGUCGUGCUGGGCCACCAGAUCCUCUACUCCAACAUCAGCCCCAUCAGCAACGGGUGGACUGCCGAUAAGGAAGUGGAUUCUGCUUUGGCCUUCUUGUUCAUCCACGACGACCUGGUCGUGGACACGUUCUUCUGGAUGUCUGGUCUCCUGGUCAUGAGGACCUUCCUGUACUUCAAGCGACUGCCCAACGUAUUCGCAGUUAUCAUUAAAAGAUACAUCAGACUAGCCCCAGGCCUGGGCGUGGUACUCUGGUACAUCUGCUCGGCGCUGAAGUACACGGGGUCUGGCCCACUGUGGCCCAGCUACACCCGCAUGGAGACAGGGUACUGCCAAAAGAACUGGUGGACCAACAUGCUCAUGGUCAACAACUUUGUGGACACGGCCAAUAUGUGCUACCUCAACACCUGGUACAUCCCGAAUGACUUCCAGAUGUUUCUGAUAGCCGUGGUGUUGUUCUGGAUCUGUUGUCUGUGCAAGAUGGCGGGUAAACUGCUGUUGGUGGCUGUAACUAUCGCCUCUGUUGUCACUCCAGCGACCAUCACCUACUAUUAUAAUCUGACUCCGCUGCAGCUUAUGAGUUUUGACGAACAACAGAUGAGUAGGAAGGGUGGGCAGCUGGAAGUGUUCUACAUCAAGGUCUACAACAGAUUCGGGGCCUACCUGGUGGGAUUAGCGACUGGGUACAUCUUUGCCACCUUCAAGCCCACUGUGGAGAAAAAUAGAGUCUCUAAGACAACAGCCAUAUCCGGGGCAGCAUCAGGCCUGGUCCUCAUGCUGGCAGUCCUGCUGUCCGGGGCCAAGCUGCACCAGGACGGCUGGGGCGCGGUGGAGGCGGCGUUGUAUGCUGCCCUGAACCGCCCCGCUUGGUGCCUGGGGUUAGCGCUGGUCGUGCUUAGCUGCGCUUAUGGAAGUGUCCAGUAUGCUUAA